AGCACAGCUUUCCUCCUCGCGCCGGUCACUAGCUUCCAUACACCGUGCCAGCGCUCGAGCUCCUCUGACACUCAACGCGCGCUCUCAAUUUAGUUUCACUUCCACGGACGGAAACGUGAUUUUUACGCUUUAUUUUUCAACAGAUAAUAUUAAACUGAAGACCAGCGGAGGUGUUUUCUGUAUCAGCGGGACAAGCACGGCGACACCGGGGCACAGAGCGACCGGGGAUAGGAGCGAGGCUUCAGUUUAUUCUCACCCUGCACACUGGACAGUAUUCUGCACGGAAGGACGGUACUUUGGAUUACUUUUGACACACAGUUUGGGACUGGAAUAUACACCCCAAAUACAACUACAAUAUAACUACACAUGUGUUCUUGUGGUUCUGAGCAUGUCGCUUUUCUUUUGCAGAUAAUACAAAUAUUACAUUGCGCUGAGCGGAUUGCAUUACACUUCUGUGAGCUUUGUGCAGCUACGGGAAAAAACAGUAACCUGUAGCAGGAUAGCAUAAUUCAAAUAUUUAAGAAAGCAUUAAUUUAAUUAAAACGUAACAACAUAACUUAUUAAACAUUGAUUUGGAGCUUUCGAGCUCUGCGUGUUUUUUGAACUCAGAGAAGAAACCUGCGAACCAUAUCAGGAUGCAUCUCAGCUGAAACCACGACUAAGGGACUUUGGUGUUGAAAUCAGACCGGACCUCCGCUCCGUCCUGGACCAGGACAGGAGCCGAGCCAUGAUGAAUCCUGGCGGUGAGAUGUUGAUCCUGCUCCCGGCGCUGCUGUGCCUCCUCCCCGGAGCCUCCUGGGCUGCGACCCUGGGCGGACUAGGAGACAACAUACUUGGUCCGCAUAAAUUCCAGGAUGUGGGGAACUUCAGCACCUUCCUGCUGGACCGCUCAUCAGGCGUGCUGUUCCUCGGAGCCAGGGAUGCCAUCCUAUCUGUGGACACCAACAACCUGAACCAAGUGCCCCGAAAGAUUGUUUGGGAUGUGCCGGAGGAGAAGAGGAGGUCUUGUGUAGCAAAGGGAAAAACUGAGGUUGACUGUAAUAACUACAUCCGUCUGCUGGAGUUUCUGGGCGAUGGACGCAUCUACGUGUGUGGCACCUACGCCUUCGACCCCCAGUGUGCCUUCCUGGAGAUCACCUCCUUCACCCUGGAGAAAGUUGAGGAUGGAGGAGUGAAGAUGGAGACAGGGAAGGGGAAGUGUCCGUUUGAGCCCAGUCAGCAUUACACAGCUGUCAUGGCAGGUGGUACCCUUUACACAGCAGCCACCAGUAACUUCCUGGGAACGUUAUUCGACAUCUCCCGGGCAACAGGCGCUGAGCAGGAGCGCAUCCGAACUGAGCGAUCCAUCAACUGGCUGAGUGACCCAGAGUUUGUGAGCUCAGCCUUCAUCGAGGAGUCUGCAGAAAACAACCCGAUAGGGGACGACGACAAAAUCUACUUCUUUUUCACGGAGGUGGCCAAAGAGUACGACCUCUACACCAAAGUCAAAGUGCCCAGGGUGGCACGAGUCUGCAAGUCUGAUGUGGGAGGGAUGAAGACCCUGCAGCGGCGCUGGACCACUUUCCUCAAGGCGCAGCUGGUGUGUGAGGACAGACCGACCGGGCAGCGCUACAACAUCCUCACUGACGUCUUCACCACGCAACACACACCGGGAGACCCCAGCAGCACUCAGUUCUACGGACUGUUCACCUCCCAGUGGGAGCAUGGGGAGUUGUCAGCAGUGUGUGUUUUCAGUCUGGCUGAAAUCAGCAAAGUGAUGGACGGCCCUUUUAAAGAGCUGAAGAAGACCUGCGACUGGAUCAACCCUGAACCUGUCCCCACACCAAGACCUGGACAGUGUCUGAACAACGAUUUGAAGGCCGAGGGCUACGAGUCCUCCCUGAAACUUCCCGACAAGGUGUUGACUUUUGUGAGGGACCACCCGCUGAUGGAGAACAGCGUUACUGCAGCACCUCUACUGGUCCGCAAGGGAGUCAGAUACACCAAGCUGGCUGUAACGCAGAUGGGAGGCGGAGAAAGGCAGAAGGGAGCAGUGCUGCACCUCGGAACAGAUCGAGGGGAGCUCCACCGGGUGGCGGUAGUGGGACAGAACGCCACCUUGCUGCAGGAGAUUCCUCUGUUCAGCUCACAGGAGCCCGUCAACAACAUCUUACUGCACCAGGGUCUGGCUCUGGUGGGCAGCCCCCUGUCUCUGGCUCGGGUCCAGGCUGAAGGCUGCACUCUGUACUCCGACUGUAAAGAGUGUGCCAGAGCCAGAGGGCUGGGCUGUGAUUGGAGCACAGAGGAGGCCGCCUGCAGGCCCACCACUGCAGAGCCUGGUCCAGGUGAUGUGGUUGACAACGCUUUGAGAAAGUGUGAUAAAGAGGAGGGGCGUUGCAGUCCGUCCAUGAGGGAGUUGCGAGUGUCUCUUGGUCUGCGUCUCCUGUUGCCAUGUGUCCAGCUGUCUCCCAGGCCCUGCAGCUGGGAGCACCCCCCCCACAGACACACCCGGCAGCACAACUCUGACCUGGAGGUGACGGUCACAGAGGACAGCCUCGGAGACUACAUUUGCACCUGCCAGGAGGCUGGGCCAGGAGUCAGAGAACUGACCCCCUGCCGCAGAGCAGCCUAUCAACUGACUCGAGAAGGCCCUAAUGCUGGAGGAGUGGUGGUGACAGCAGGGGGGCGCCACGUGCUGGCCAUCUACAUCCUUUUCUUCUUCUUGGGUUUAGCGUUUGGUGCGUUCCUCCUCUACUUCUUGACCCGUCGGCGCAGCAUUGUCCACCAGGGUCACCACCUGCCGGAUAAUUCGCUGUCGUCAGAGAAGGGGCGGGACUUGCUGGGCUCCUCGGCCACGCCGCAGUCCCCGAGCAGCGCCAGCAUGCUGUCCGAUGGAUUCAGGCUGACGGAAAAACGCAACGGGACGGUGACCUCCAACACGACCACAACGCUCCUCAGCAACAAUGGGAAUGGUAGUCACCAUGGCAAUAGUUACAGCGGCACCCUGAUCAGCCCCAGUAAUGGCCACGGGAACUCCCUGUACUCCAACUGCAACACCAGCAACAGCGGACUGAAGCUCACCUCUGAAAUUUUAGCUGCAGAUUUGCUGGAUGGAAGGACGGGGGAGAGGGGGAGUCUGGGGACGAGGGAGUCUGGGGAUGAGGUGGAUGAGGGGCUGGGAGACGCAUUGGGGGAUGGAAUAAAAGGACUAGAGGAGGAGAUGGCCAGCUUUACCUUGUUUAAAUUACCAGCACCACUGGCUCGGUGUGAAGAAAGCUCAAUAUGAAAGGUUGAUGUAAAAGUUGAUGCGCCAUUUAGCAUCCUCAAAACAAACUGAACUGUCCCAGGACGGAUGCAAAAUGGCUACUACUAAAUGCCUUUAAACGGGAGCUGUGGCAUGAAGAGAGACUACAGAGAUAUAUGAGAAAUAUACGAUACGUUUAUUAAGCAUGUGCGGGAGAAACCAGUGUUGUGAGGCGUUCAGGAUGAGAGCCACAGCUGAAAAAUGUGUCAUAAUAUAAAAUGUAAAUACGAAGAGUCCAAGCUGAUUGUGAUGUCGCGCAAUUUAAAUGUUUAAAAAAAAGAUGAUGUGUCUACACGUGUAGACAUUGAAAAGCCAUAUUGUUUUCUCCUUUACUCCUGUUGUUGUUUGCUCUCUCAUUCUCCUGACACUUUGAAUCUCUCAGCACCUCUGUCUCUUCCUCUGUGUUUCUGCUCCUCUCUCUGACACACCGCUGACAUCCCAGAGGUCCACAGACCCAGAGGACUGAGCCACAGACUGUCCCGUCAUGCAGCAUCAAUCCUGGGCUUCAGGCAGAGCGAUGUGGCUGUCAGAGAGCAGAGAACCGUGGAGAGAGUCCUUCAGACGGACUCCAGUGACGGGGCUGUCCCUGCCUGCACUGCCACACAGCUCAGCAGGACGAUACGUGUCAGUGUGGAAAUCUCAACAUGCAAGAAACUGACAGGUGACAUGUCUCUGUUCACCUUCACAGCUACUGGAACAUGUGAAUGUGAAAUUAAUUUCCACCAUCACCUCGUUUUGUGAGUGUGGAACUUAAAACAUGUAUUGUUUUUGUCAUGUUGUUUUGUAAUAAAGCAUAAAAAAGUU